AUGGUCCACACUCUUUCAACCCCUCGAAUGCCGCAAACUGACACUCAGUCCUGGGAAACACAGGAUCGUACUGAUGCACCACUGAAUACUUGUAUCCAGCAAUUGCAAUUGGCCCCAGACGAUAUGUCUCAUCUGUUGGAAUUCCCACAAAUCGAUUUGCACAGUCACCAGAUUCGAAUAUUACAUAUUCUACCAGGAAACCGCGACGACCUCCUGCGCUGUGUCUUACGCACUGCAUCUCUCGAUGACAACCAUAAAUACGAGGCGCUGUCCUACGUUUGGGGUGAUCCUCUCGACCAUCUUUCCAUCGAAGUUAAUGGCAGUCAAAAGAAUGUCACAGUCAAUCUGUUCAAUGCCCUUCGAAGAUUACGAUAUGCACAGAAUGAACGAUGUCUCUGGGUGGAUGCUUUGUGCAUUGAUCAAGAAAAUGAUGUCGAGAAAUCACACCAGGUGCAGCUGAUGAGCAAAAUUUAUUCGCGUACUACAACAGCGAUACUCUGGUUGGGCGACUUCUCUGACGGACUGAAUGACAAACCGAACUAUAUCUCUUACAAAGCAGUAAGAUCGGCCUUCAAUCUGAUUAAGCUUCUGGCCAACUCCUCUGAUGUGUGCAUUAAUCACGGCGAAAACGAGGAUUUGAUAAAUGACGGGUGGGCAGGCUUGUCUUGCUUACUCCAAUUGCCUUGGUGGCAUCGGGCAUGGACCGUGCAGGAAACAGUUCUACCAGCAGAUGCCAUUGUGGUAUGCGGGACAUCACAAUUGCCGUUUUCCUGGCUUAAAAAGGCCUAUAACAACUCCACUAACCACUACUACCGAAAUUGCUGCGGCAGCCUAACUGUGCCCGAAACAUUCUGGAACCAGAUGCAUGCACUUAUUUAUGUCAAGGGACAUAUAGAGGAAAACAACGGUUUCUUGGGCUAUGCUUUCAACCUCUUCAGGAAUCGGCAUGCAUCCGAUCCGAGAGAUAAAUUGUAUGCCUAUCUUGGCCUUGGAAGUGGUAUCUCAGCAGACUACUCUUUACCGUAUGAGCAAGUUUUUAAGCUUGCAACCCGCUCUCUUAUUGAGAAACAUGGUACACUUAUGAGUUUACUGAGAACCGCCGAGGAGGAGCGGUCUCCUACAUUACCAAGUUGGGUUCCGGACUGGUGUGCUAAAAUUCACAACCAAGAUUACAAUGAUGAACUGGGCUGGUAUUGUCUCUAUCAGCACUAUAAUGCCUCCGGGGACAGAAGACCUCAGAUCAGCCCCUCAUGUUCUGAUAAUGUGUUAAAAAUGCGAGGCUUAAUCUUGAAAAGAAUUACAAAAGUCGGAGAUAUCAUGGACUAUGGUGAUACCGUGAGGAAAAUGGUUAUUAAGUGGCAAGGUGGCCCUAAUGACGAAUACCCUCAAGGGGAAACGUACCUUAAAGCUUCAUAG